CUCGGCUGCCCGUGGCCGGCGGGGAGGAGCCGCAAAGGGCGGCACGGAGACGGCAGGAGCCGGUCUUUCCAGGCUGGACACCCCCCCCCCCCGCCCCCGAGCUCCCCAGGGGAGCGAGGGCGGGAAGACAGCCCCGGGCCUGCCCACAGAUCCUCGGAGGGCGCGGGCCUGGAGGAGGCGCCCCAGAAGGCGGCGCCUCGCGGAGGAAGUUUCUCCUCUGACUGCAGAGCGGGGUGCGCCGUGGCCGCGACCUCGGGAGCUGUCGGCGCCGCCGGGGGGCACCGCCCGCACCGCCGCCAUGGGCGGCUCGGCCUCCAGCCUGCUGGACGAGGGCAAGUGCACCUACAUCCGAGGGAAAACUGAGGCUACUAUCAAAAACUUCAGUCCCUUUUAUAGUCGCCAGUAUGCUGUUGCUUUCUGCAAUCAUGUACGCAGUGAAGUAGAACAGCAAAGAGAUUUAACAUCACAAUUUUUGAAGACCAAGCCGCCACUGGAGCCUGGAACUGUUUUGUAUGAAGCAGAGCUAUCACAGUUUGCUGAAGACAUAAAGAAAUGGAAGGAGCGGUACAUUGUGGUUAAAAAUGAUUUUGCUGUGGAGAGCUAUGAGAACAAAGAGGCCUAUCAGAGAGGAGUGGCUCCUAAAAGCCGAAUUCUCCCAGCUGGUGGCAAGGUGUUAACUUCAGAAAAUGAAUAUAAUUUGUUAUCUGAUCGGUUUUUUCCAGACCCUCUUGCACCCAGUGAAAAGGAGAAUGCUCAGCCUUUUGUGGUCUUGCCCAAGGAGUUCCCAGUGUACCUGUGGCAGCCGUUCCUCAGACAUGGCUACUUCUGCUUCCAUGAGGCCACUGACCAGAAGAAGUUCAGCGCUCUUCUGAGCGACUGCAUCAGACAUCUCAAUCAUGAUUACACGAAGCAGACAACGUUCGAAGCCCAAGCCUUUUUAGAAGCUGUGCAGUUCUUCCGGCAGGAGAAGGGACACUAUGGCUCCUGGGAAAUGAUCAUUGGGGAUGAAGUCCAGAUCCUGAGUAACCUGGUGAUGGAGGAGCUCCUGCCAACCCUCCAGACGGACCUUCUGCCUAAAAUGAAGGGGAAGAAAAAUGACAGAAAGAGAGCCUGGUUCGGUCUCCUGGAGGACGCCUACAACCUGGUUCAGCAUCAAGUUUCAGAAGGAUUAAGUGCCUUGAAGGAGGAAUGCCGAACUCUGACGAAGGGCCUGGAGGGCACCAUCCGUUCAGACAUGGAUCAGAUUGUGAACUCAAAGAACUUUUUAAUUGGAAAGAUCAAAGCCAUGGUGGCCCAGCCCGCAGAGAGAAGCUGUGCAGAGAGUGUGCAACCAUUCUUGGCGUCUAUUCUAGAGGAGCUCAUGGGGCCAGUGAGCUCAGGAUUCAGUGAAGUACGCUCACUCUUUGAAAAAGAAGUGGAUGAACUUAGCCAGAAAUUUCAGACCACCAAAGACAGUGCUCAGCUUAAGGAGCAUCUAGGCCAGUUCAUGAAUCUUCCCCUGGAUUCCAUGAAGAUGGAACCGUGUUAUAGUAAAGUCAACCUGCUUCAGGAGCGCUUGCAGGAUCUCAAGAGCCGCUUCAGAUUCCCCCACGUGGAUCUGGUGGUCCAGAGGACACAGAACUACAUGCAGGAGCUAAUGGAGAAUGCAGUAUUCACUUUCGAGCAGUUGCUUUCCCCACACCUCCAAGGAGAGACCUCUAAAACUGCAGUCGCCAUUGAGAAGGUUAAGCUCCGAGUCUUAAAGCAAUAUGAUUAUGACAGCAGCACCAUCCGGAAGAGGAUAUUUCAAGAGGCACUGGUUCAAAUCACACUUCCCACCGUGCAGAAGGCACUGGCAUCCACGUGCAAACCAGAGCUCCAGAAAUAUGAACAGUUCAUUUUUGCAGAUCACACCAAUAUGAUUCAUGUUGAAAAUGUCUAUGAGGAGAUUUUACAUCAGAGCCUCCUUGAUGAAACUCUGAAAGUGAUAAAGGAAGCUGCUAUCCUGAAGAAACACAACUUAUUUGAAGACAAUAUGGCCUUGCCCAGCGAAAGUGUGUCCAGUUUAACUGAUAUCAAAACCUCUGCAGGGUCAAAUCAGGCCAGCCCUGCCAGGAGAGCCUCGGCCCUUCUGCCAGGAGUUUCAGAUAGUGAAACGCUAAGUAACGAAGUAUUCCAGGAGUCAGGGGAAAAGAAGCAGCCUGGGGUCUCUAGUCCGUUGGCCAAAGAAGAAAGCCUUUCUUUCCCUGUCCCCACCCCUCCCCCAGGUGGGACCGGACAGAUGAUUAUUUCAGGCAUGGAUGGCCCUCUUGUAGAUCUCGUGACUGCAGAGGACACAGCAGGAGCCCUGGGCACACACUCGUCAGAGCUGGAGUUUGGAGGGGCUCCUAAGGACGGAGAACCCACCCACGAAAAGCCAGAAUCCAGCUCUGCAUCGAGUUCCUUAAAGGAGCUCAGAAAUUUGUUGACGGUGACCAUUGAAGUGCCAGUGGAAUCUUCCACCCUCGAGAUUGAAGAAGAUACAAAUGAAGAGACCCUCGCUCCCCAAGAAAUGGAAAAAUUAGAGGAAACAACCCCAACCUACGCAGAGGCCAAUCAAGCAGCUGCCUCCAGUCAGGACAGCUGUGAAGAAAGUGAGAUCAGUGGGAGGGAGGCCCAUCCUCCCCCUCCGGAGGCGGAGGCCAGCAGGGAGGAGUUGGGGGGAUUUCUGGGGGCCGAACUGGCCUGUGAAGGGCUCACCCCUGGUGCCAGCAGCCCAGACCCCACAGAGCAGCAAGCAGAGGCUGGGGAGCCCACUGAGGGGGAGAUUCAGGACAGCUGUGAAGAAAGUGAGAUCAGUGGGAGGGAGGCCCAUCCUCCCCCUCCGGAGGCGGAGGCCAGCAGGGAGGAGUUGGGGGGAUUUCUGGGGGCCGAGCUGGCCUGUGAAGGGCUCACCCCUGGUGCCAGCAGCCCAGACCCCACAGAGCAGCAAGCAGAGGCUGGGGAGCCCACUGAGGGGGAGAUCCGGGGGAGGUCUUCCAGCCUGGAUGCCCAGGAUGGAAGAGGGGCUGCGUCUGUUGUGGAGGAUGAGGCCAGGCCACAGGAAGAUUGCACUUCCGGUGCUCACCACACCUGCCCCAGUGAGAGCCCAGUUUCUGUGGAAGAAACCCUGGGAGAAACCAGCAGCAUGACCCAGGCUACUACCAGUGUGAAGACAGAGGAGAUUAAGGCUGCCGGUGUUCAUGAGUGCCAGUGGGUGGUAGAGAAUGCUCCAAACAUAGAUCUGGUAGGUUCACCAGAUUUGGGGGAGAGUACCCCAGAGCAGCCCUCCGAAGAGUGAAAGGGACAAUUUGGCUUAAGUAUUUCUUUGUACAAACUCAGCCAAAGGUUAAUAGUUAUGGGUAUGCUUAGGGAUUGCACACAAGUUGUUACCAAAAAAGAAAUAAAUAAAUAAGUACUUCCUUAACGUGUGUCAUGAAACCAGAGGAAAUGCACACAGAGCAUGCAUAGUGAGGCAGACCUCUGUGGGAUUGAAGUGUUCUACCCUGAAUUACCGCUUUAGCAUUUUAGUGGGAAGUGUUUAGGGUGAGAGGCAGCUGUGGAUGUCUAAGGGGGCAGUUGUGUUCCAGCAAAGAUGAAGAAAACAGUAGAAGCCCAGUUUCCAAUACACUGCACAUCUUCCUCUAAUGUCCUUCAAGGCUUUGUAAUUUUUGGUAAGAAUGCAAAUGUUUAUUGUAAAUCAAGCUUCACCAUCCACUCAAGCAACUUCACUGUCUCUGAAAGACUCAGCAUUCAUCCACAGUCAGGCCACCGGAAAGGGUGGUGAACACCGAUCACCCUGCUGUGGGCAGCCCCAUAGACCCUGAGAGAUUACGCCUGAGAGCACGCAGGGUGACGCUGAACACAAUCAGAGGAAAGUUGUGGUCUGUGGGACUGUCUGAGCUUGUUACUGAUUCUACUAUUAAUUUCUUGUUAAUUAAUUGUGUUGAUUCUUAUUAAUUAAUCACCUUUUGGGGAAAUUCAGAGGAGGCAAGAAAAUUUCCUUGGCAUGUUUAAGCCUGAAAGCAUCCCAAAUUAGCCUUAGACUGUGCAGGGGGCCCUUAGCUAAUUCUUAAGCAUAAAAGACUACCAAUUAAGCAAGCAUUAUUUGAGUAGCUACCGUAUGCCGUGUGCUGUGCUAGGCAUAGUGACAACAGCAACAACAACAAAAAAAAAGAAGAAGAAGAAGAGGAGGAGGAGGAGGAGGAAUAGGUAAGGUGCUUUGGCACAAAUUAAAAGACCUAUGGGAAUUAAAAGAAAAACAUGUCAAUUUUCAAACCAUCAUAACUUUCUAUCCAUUGAAGCAGUCCUGGUUCAUUCCCAGAAGAGGAAGAAAGUGAAUAAAUGGGAAAGGAAGGAAGCAAGGAAGGAAUGAAGGAAGGACAAGAAAGAGAAAAGCCAAGAUGUACAGCAUCAAGUUCCAAAGACAUCACCCAAAGCGGAAAUCAUUUGUCUGGACAUUCAGCAAGUUAACUGAGUCCCUAUUAUGUCCCAGGUGCUAGAGAUACUGUAGUGAAAACGACUCUGUUCCUCCCUCCUGGAACUUACACUUCAAUGGAAAGAGACACAGAUACUUCUCAAUGGAUCCUGACCAAUAAAUGUUUAUGUUAAAGGACUUACUUGCAGGAGAUUAAAAACAUAGGUUCUAUUAUCCUUCAUUUCCUAAAAGCUCCAGUCUCAGAUACUACCUCUUGACAUUUCCUUCCACAAAUAUUAAUGUUAGAUCCCAACAUACUGUCCUAAAAGCUUACUGUGAUCAGCAGCAGCAAGUUUAUGUCAGUUGUUUAGAGACUUUGUCCCAUGGUUUAACUUUUUCACCAGGAAUUAAAAUAUUUCUCUGUCCACCUCCCCAUGAAGAAUUUCCAGGUGAUAAAGAAUGAAGAAUAAUCAGUAUCAUCAUAGUCUCAUAUUGAAUUGUUUUCACUUCUCCUAGAGUGUUUAGAUCUUCACAUCUAUGCAGGGUCUCCUUAUAGAGAGAGAGAGGGUGGAGGCUACUCCUCUCAGGUCCCCGCAGUACCCAGUGCUCACUCAUAUCCUUGCAUUUAGCGCAGGGUACUGAAAUUAUGUUUACUGGCCGUCUCUCCUGGGACCCCUCUCUUCGAGGACAGAAAUUGGGGUUUAUUAAUGGUGUACACACCAUUCCUGCUAGAGGUACACAGCCUUGCAUAAUGGCUCCCUGCCUUCUCCAGUCCCUGUCAUAUCCCUAGUGCCUAGCCUAAGAACUGGCAAGCGUUGAGCUGCUCAAGAAAUGUGAGCCCUGAACAUCCACCACACUCUGUGCUGGGCUGAUUUGGGGCUCGCUGUCAGGCAGGGAGACGUUUUUAACUGGGCUUUCUGCCCUUGGGGAGUCUUUCCUCCGGUCAAGUCCAGAGUCCACGAGGCAGACAGCCAGAUGGUCGGAUGCGCUGCCCAGUAAGGCCGGGAGCCAAGGGCGUAAUGCCCAGCCCCACCAAGCACGGCCCUUCUCUCCAGGAGAAUUGUCAGUGAGUAAGGAGGUCCCAGCCCAGGCCCAGCCCAUGCUGGAGCUUCCUAGCUUCCUUCCUUUGCUCACCUCACGGCUUCUUGGACCCCUUGGAAAACCAAGAGAUUUUUCCAACCCUAAAAGAAAGUACAUCUGCUUUGGAUGGAUGAAAAUCAGUGCCCAUCUUGUAGGCUAGAGGGUACUGAGAACUAAGUGGUAGGGUAGACUUGAGAACACAAAGAAUGUUUCUGUACUUAUUUCACAAAAGACAAGUUCAGUAGACUAAGCAGGAUGAUUGUUCCAUUUGGUGAUGGAGCAGGAAACUAAAGUUCAUUAAAAAUAUCCCUUAUUCAUUUUAACAUGUAGAAUGGAGUAACUUCAGAUUACUAUGAGCUUGUCUUGUUUUUAAUAGACUUGUAUGUGUUGCUUCAGUGGUUUCCAGGUUAGAGCAAGGUUAUUGUAAUUUAAAUGAGCAGCCUGAAAAGCUUCCAGCGUGGUGCUCUGGGGAUCUCUCCUCCGGGCAAAUCUAUUAGAAAUGCAUAAAACCUUAGGACAUGGUUUUUGGGAAAAAUUCCAUGACUUUAAAUGAGUUCUGUUACUAUUGACCUUUUACAAGGAGAAUAUUUUCCUUGAAAAAAAAAAAAUCAGCUUGUCAUCUUUUUCCCUUUGCCGCUUAGAGUGGAGACAGCGGUGCCUUGAAUUAUGCAGAGAAAACUCUCUCUUUAAAAAAAAAAAAAAGGCAUUUUGGAAACCACAAGGAUAAGAUUCCCAUCUGUCCAAAAGCUUUUAGAAAGCUUUUAGAAAGAGGACCUGUGAAAAACCACAGGUCUCUAGGCCUUAUCUUCUACAUUUUAUUGCAAAGAUUCUCAAGUCUGGUUUUGUAACCCUCCAGAUUAGAGUCCCUGGUUUCCAAGGGGUUCACAGUUCUCCCAGAUGAGUGAUUUUCAUUCUUUUAAAAAGUGCUAAACUCUAUAUGCUGCAUAGCAAUUUAAAUUAAAAACAAUAAAAAUAAAAACCUGUAUUAAAAACAAUACAGGUUCACUAGGUAAAAAAAAGUUGGGUACAUAUGUCUUCAUACUCUACUAAUAAAUAAGCGGGUUUGGGGACUUGCCUUCUGAAGUCUGCCACUUCAAGAAAAAAUCUACACUGUGGAUGGGUUUUUCUGGUCACUAUAUAAAGCAAAUAAACUUAAAGCACUUUGUAACCACAUAUUUACUCUGCCAAAUGCCUAUAUUCCAAUAAAAUGUUCAUCCUUGAA